UGGCAACGCUGCAGGAAACAGCUGUUUGACAGCAUUUCUUUGCUUUCCAGAAAAAUCACAAUGUCAGGUACUAAGGUAUUGCGCUCCCUGCUCCACGAGCUGAGACAGGCCUCGCCGAAUGGCUGCAUUAAGGACAACCUGGCCGCGCGCUACAUUCUGGCGCAGUACAAGAAGUUUGAGACGACGGACCAGCAGCUCUGCAAGGCCCGCAACGAGGCCAUCUUCCUGGGCCAGACGUACCUCACCUACCUCAGUAGCCAGCGAAACUACACGGAGCUGUACAAGGAGUUCCAUGGGAGGGGAGAGCGGUCCGUAAGGGACACCGCCGAUAUGGUGGGCUUCAAGCUGCCCACGGAUCCCAAGUGAUCUGGAGUUAUGUAGGUUCUAGCGUAGCGUGCGAUUAAAGCGGUUAGAGUUGCAAAAAUCUGUGAUUUUA